ACGCGUCUACACGAAUGAAAACAUCAACAUGUAAUCGAGAAACAGUAAAUUUACACUCAUACUCAUAGGUUUCUCUACGCAGACGCUAACAGUAAUCAGUAUCAUGGUGAAGAAUAUGAGAAACAUGACUACGAAUCAUACAGACAAGUUUUUCUAUGUGCAUAGCUGCGAUCUCGAUGUGAAUGUGCAGAUCAAAAUCGGGACUCUCGAGGGUGUGCGAGAGAGACCCAGCUAUCAGGACCUGCUGGACAAGAACCUGCUGCGCUACUCGGGGCUCUGUGAGGAGGGCUGCUCUGACCUCUACGUGACCUGUCAGGUGUUUGCUGACAACCGGCCGCUGGUGCUGCCCACGCGCACCGCCUACAAGAACUUCACGACGCGAUGGAACUGGAAUGAGUGGAUUACGCUACCACUAAAAUACAGCGACCUACCAAGAAACGCCCAGCUUGCGUUGACAAUAUGGGACAUCUAUGGCCCCUGCCGAGAGACUCCUGUAGGUGGCACCACCAUCUCCGUCUUCGGGAAGCAUGGCACGUUCAGGCAGGGCAUGUAUGAUCUGAAGGUGUGGCCGGGACAGGAGGCCGAUGGCAUGGAUCCGACGUCCACCCCGGGCCGCAGCGCUGGCGGCACCGACCAGAUGAGUCGUCUGUCAAAGGUCUGUGAGAUGUGGUGCACGCUGGAGAGAAUCACCGUGAUAGUUGGAUAUCCACCAACCAAAAAUCUUUCAUCAGAAGAACAAGAUCUCCUUUGGAAAUUCAGAUACUACCUGUCUAAUCAGAAAAAGGGUGGUGACCAGGUUUAUCAGGUGAACACUGACCCUGACAUUGUCACACUCUGUGUUUAUCAGGGUGGUGACCAGGUUUAUCAGGUGAACACUGACCCUGACAUUGUCACACUCUGUGUUUAUCAGGGUGGUGACCAGGUUUAUCAGUAUCAGGGUGGUGACCAGGUUUAUCAGGUGAACACUGACCCUGACAUCGUCACACUGCCUGACCCGGAACUACUGGCACAUAACCUGGUAGAGCUGAAGCAUCACAAGCUGGCUCGUGCGCUGCGCAGUGGUCACUCUGACAAGGACCUCAAGCCCAACGCUGCUGUCAGAGACCAGCUUAAUGAUCUGAACACGUACCUCCUACAGCUGGUACAAGCCCUCAAGUACGAGAACUGUGAGCAGGUCGUAGCAGAGAAACCUGCUCUUCCGGAGAAACCUGCGCUACCGGAGAAGCCUGUGCUAGCCGAGAAGCCCCGCUUGGAGGAGAAAGCUCGAGUCAAAGCACCGAGUCCCUUCAGAGAGAACGAAAAGUCAGGCAGUAGUACGUCGGAGCCACCUUCCACCUCACCAGCCGCGGCUAACCCCCUCGUUACACUGGUGCCCCCUGGUGGGGCGGGCAGCGACGUGAGUUCUGUCGCAGGGUCGGAGCAGAUGAAGCAAGCGUAUGGGGAUGAGGAUUUAGCUACAUUCCUCAUCUCUAGGGCGUGCCAAAACGUCAGCCUCUCCAACUACUUCUACUGGUACCUGCUGGUGGAAUGUGGUGACUCCCACGCAGACACGAAGGAGAGCCGGCUGCAGAACAUGUACAUUGUCGUGAUGAAGAGAUUCAGCACUGCACUUAACAAGGGUGGGUUGGAAUGUAGACAGCUGAGGGCGUUGCUUGCCCGCCAACAGACAUUUAUCGAGAAGCUUGUGACCUUGAUGAAGGUCAUCGCAAGGGAAGGCAAGGAUAGAGUGAAGAAGAUAGAGAUAGCUGCAGGCAGUGUUAAGCUGCACCGCAGGAUCACACAAGGUGAACUUUCCCACAUCGAAUUCGAAGCCCUGCCGCUGCCCUCGAUUCCACAGUGUAAGGUGACUGGCAUCAUUGCGGAGAAGUGCACGUUGUUUAAGAGCGCGUUGAUGCCGAGCAAGCUAACGUUUCGCACGGCCGACGGCGGGGAGUACGUGUCCAUCCUGAAGCACGGUGACGACCUGCGGCAGGACCAACUCAUCCUGCAGAUCAUCACGCUCAUGGACAAGUUGUUGAAGAAAGAGAAUUUGGACUUGAAAUUAACACCUUAUAGAGUUCUGGCAACGAGCAGCAAACAUGGUCUCGUGCAGUUCAUUGACUCAGUGGCGGUCCGCGAAGUGCUCAACACCGAGGGAGGCAUCCAGAACUUCUUCCGCAAGCAUGCGCCGUCGGAGACCGGCCAGUUUGGCAUCGUGCCAGAGGUCAUGGACAAUUACAUCAAGAGCUGCGGUCAGUUUAGUUACUUAACAUACCUGCUAGGAUUUGAUGGACACCUGGAUAAUCUACUGCUCACAACAACGAAGGAUCUAUUUCACAUUGACUUCGGCUACAUCCUGGGACGUGAUCCCAAGCCGAUGCCACCACCGAUGAAACUCACCAAAGAGAUGGUGGAAGCAAUGGGCGGAACCAACUCUGAAUUCUUCGGCGACUUUAAAACGCUUUGCUACACAGCUUUCCUGCAUUUGCGAAGGUCUGCAAACUUGAUACUCAAUUUGAUAUCAUUAAUGGUGGAUGCAAGUAUUCCAGACAUUGCGUUAGAGCCUGACAAAACAGUUAGAAAGGUGCAGGACAAGUUUCGAUUGGACCUGACUGAAGAGGAGGCAGUUCACUUCAUGCAGAACCUCAUAGAUCUCAGUGUGACAGCCGUGAUGGCAGCCAUGGUGGAACGCAUACACCAGUUUGCACAGUACUGGAGAAAAUGAGGGCGGACAGCUCAUGCGUGUAGCAGCAGGAUCAUAAUAUGUAUAACUGCACUAUUUAAUGAGUGUGUGCACAGAAGUCACGGUGACAAUAGACCAAUUAUCUUGCACAUAAUUUUAUUGACAAUUCAGCUAAAAAGUCUACAAGUUAUAUUGGUGCCAUGUUGCAUGACGUCUGUACAUAUGUGAUCAUAAUAUAGCAAGGGGGUAUAUACAACAUAAUAUUGGUAUGUGCUUUGCAAAUUACAACUAUAAUAAAGUUUACACAACGUAGCUAUUA